GCAAAAUCAAUACAAAUUUUUCAGUUUUUUAACGAUGUUGUUUCAAUGAACUUUCAUUACAAUUAAACAAAAAUUUAAAAAAUCUGAACCGGUUACGUUUGAGUUCGAGUUGUUUUAAGACACCUUUCGAGGGAUGCACAAAAAAGAGUUUUCUUGUGUUCAAAAGAUGAACAAGUAUGCCUGAACAAAGUAACGAUUACAGAGUAGUCGUAUUCGGGGCAGGAGGGGUUGGCAAAAGCUCCCUGGUAUUGAGGUUUGUCAAAGGUACCUUUCGAGAAAGCUACAUACCGACCAUAGAAGACACAUACCGACAAGUGAUAAGUUGCAACAAAAAUAUAUGUACUCUCCAAAUUACGGACACAACUGGUUCCCACCAAUUUCCAGCCAUGCAACGGUUGUCCAUCAGCAAGGGCCAUGCGUUUAUCUUGGUAUACUCUGUGUGCAGUCGUCAGAGCCUUGAAGAACUGCGACCAAUCUUUGAUGUCAUUCGUGAACUCAAGGGGCCAGAUCUGAGUCAGAUUCCCAUCAUGCUGACAGGGAACAAGUGUGAUGAGAGUGCCGAGUUGAGAGAGGUGAGCACCUCAGAGGGCCAAGCACAGGCAGCGGAAUGGGGAGUUAGUUUUAUGGAAACGUCCGCCAAGACCAACCACAAUGUCAAACAGUUGUUCCAGGAACUGCUCAAUUUAGAAAAGUCUCGCAACGUCAGUCUCCAGGUCGGAGGUAAAACCAACAGUCGAGUGGCUAAAGAUAAAUGCGUAGUUAUGUAAGAAGCCUAGAGCUUAUCGAUAGCGGUUAUCGGAUUUCAUUCAGUUUUUUGAGUUGCCAUUCAUGUUUUUGCAUGCAGAUAUAGUAAUAUGAUACCUAGAACAUCGAAGUAAUAAUUUAGAAGCAUUGAAAUUUACACUUGGGAUUCAAAUAUCUCGAAUGCAUUCUGUUCUUCCUCUUUUUCAGGCUUGUUAGAAAGAUUGACUCUGAUCUCGAAUAUUAUUUUCUUUUCUUUGAGAUGAAAUAUGUUAUGCAUAGAUAAUGGUGGUGCUUGUUUUAAAUAUCAUAUUCUGUGUUCUUCAGAAAAUUGUAAAAAACUUGCUAUUUCGUGCCAUAAUUAGGUUAAAUCCGUUCACAAAAUUUUCUGCUUGAAUUGAAAUAUUUUACUAUAUCAAUAUAACAAAAUUUUGGAGGACAUUUUUUUUUCAUUCUCUCAAUAUUUACAUAUUUCAUUAUUUCUUUUGAAGUAAGUUUUACUUUAUGAUUGAUAUGGUGUUAUCAUGAAUUAUGUGCCAUAUUUCUUACAUGUUCAGAAUGUGUCAAAUAUCAAUCAGUGAUUUAGGUAAAUAUUACACUAAAAAUGUUCAUCAGUAAAAUUACUUGACAUGCUUGCCAAGUUUUUGUUGGUAUUAGUCAUUGAUUUGUCAAUAACAACGCUUCUCAGUGUCAUAUAUUUUAGAAAAAUUCUAAUCUUUUUCUUAUUGGCAAAAAUUUGAUAUAUAGUCAAAA